CGUCUCUUCUCGCGGUAACGUUAGUGUACUGUUAGCUUGCUAGCUAACCCCAUCGUUUCCAGGUUUCGCGUCGACCUGGAAAAAAAAGCAAAAGAGACACAGAAAGGCUACGCAGCCGAAUAGUUUUUGAACCCAGGCUGCACCGAGGAGCGGGACAAUGCCACACAACUUCCAGCCCGGAGACCUGGUCUUCGCUAAAAUGAAGGGGUACCCCCACUGGCCAGCCAGGAUUGAAGAUGUUGCUGAUGGGGCAGUGAAACCACCUCCUAAUAAAAUCCCAAUUUUCUUCUUUGGGACACAUGAAACAGCAUUCCUUGCAGCAAAGGACCUUUUUGCCUAUGAAAAAUACAGUGAACGCUAUGGAAAGCCCAACAAAAGGAAGGGAUUCAACGAAGGUUUAUGGGAGAUCCAGAACAAUCCACAUGCCUCCUACAGCGCCCCGCCUGUACCAGCCAGCUCGUCUGACAGCGAGGGCAACAACGCCGGAGGAGGAAGUGAUGAUGAGGAUGACGAUGAGGAAGAUGCCCCCGUGCCUCAGAAAGCAGACUCAGGAAGUGAGGUUGACUCCGAUUCGGGGAGUGAAGACCAAGGAAGGGGAGGAGGAGGAGGAGGAGGAGGAGUGAAGCGAAAGCCACCGCCACCUGUUAAGCGGCCUCCCCCUCCAAAAAAGGCUCGCGGCUCAUCCAGUGACAGAGAUGAAGAGGAGAGUGGAUCCCCCUCUGAAUCAGACCCCACACCUUCAGAGUCCGACGGUGGCAAGAACAGUGACCAGGAUUUUACUCCAGAGAAGAAAAUUGGUGGACGAGGCGGAAAGAAAGCAGGAGGCAGAGGGAAGAAAAAGAAGGCUUCGUCUGGCUCGGACUCAGACUCGGGAUCAGGGUCAGAGAAAAAAGCAGCGGACAGCGACUCAGAGGACGAGAAGCCUCGACCAGCUCUGUCUGGCUCUGAAUCCCACUCUGGCUCGAAGUCUGACUCGGACUCAGAUCCACCUCCUAGGAAGGGCCCACAGCCACGCAAGAAAGGUUCAGAAAAGCCAGCACCAAAGCCUCGUGCACGGAAACCCAAACCUGCCCCGGCAAAACGAGCACCCUCAUCCUCCUCCGACAGUGACAGUGACAGUGAUACGGACCGCAUCAGUGAAUGGAAGAAACGAGAUGAGGAACGUAGACGAGAGCUGGAGGAGCGCCGGAAAAAGGAGGAGGCGGAGGAGCUCCGCAGGCUACGUGAGAGAGAGAAGGAGGAAGAGGAGCAAAAGAAAAAAGACAAAGACAAGGGUAAAAAAGGGAGCGACAGUGACAGCAGCAGCAGCUCAGAUGAAGGUGUAGAUGAUCACCCGCUGAAGAAGUCCAAGAAACCCCCUCCACCGCCGAUCCCUGCGCCCUCUGACUCUGAUUCUCCGGCACCAACUGAGGUCAAGAAGUCAUCCAAGAAGCCCGACAACCAGAAGAAGGCAAGAAUAAAGAAAGAGAAGGAGAGAAAAGAAAGAAAGGAGAAAGAGGUAAAAGAGAAGAAAGCCAGACGGCCAGAGGAGAAGUCCAGAAUGAGGCCUAAGCCCGAAAAACCUAAACGCAAACCAGAGAGGCCGCCAGAGAGGAAAGUGGAAAAGAAAAAGGAGCCAUCGCCAGAAGAAAAGCUACAGAAACUCCACACUGACAUAAAGUUUGCACUCAAAGUGGACAACCCUGACAUAAACCGGUGUCUACAAGCCCUGGAUGAACUUGCAGCCGUGCCUGUCACCAGCCAGAUCCUCCACAAGAACGCUGAAGUUAUCGCCACACUAAAAAAGAUCCGGCGGUAUAAAGCCAGCAAUGCAGUCAUGGAAAAAGCAAGUGAGGUCUACAACAAGUUAAAACUUCGCUUUGUUGGAAAGAUGGAAGUGGCAGCUAAACCUCAAACACAGGACAAGGAGCCAGAGGAUGAAGAGAAGGAAACACAAAACACAGACUCCACUCCAGUAAAUGGGGAAUCAGAAGAGAAAAAAGAUGAUAUGGAGGUAGAAGAAAAUCCAAAAUCGCCUGCCCACGAGGAGAAUAAUGACAACACUGCUUCAAGUCCAAACAGACGGAGCCCGGACAGUCCUGCUGAACGACAGCUUCACACGUAUGAAGACGGAGACAACUCCAUCUCUGCAGAGACGGAACCUCCCGCUGUGGAAAGCUGAAAGACCUCAAACCACCACUGCAGUGGACCAAGUGCUAAAGACAGUGGCCUCUUUGUUUGACGUCAUACAGUGCUCCUGACUCAACAACACCGCAAACACACACCCAGCAUUUCCUACCGUAUCUGUUACAUCAACGUUAAUGUUUUGGACAUUUUGUACCAUAAUGAUAUCAAACCAGAAGGCCCUGUCGCUCAAAGCGUUCGGUCCAUUAUUUAUCACAGCAAAAAGGAAAGCUUAUUAGUGUGAUAGUUUGUGGCGCUGUGCAAACUCCUUUUUAUUUCUGAAAUGUACUUUUUCUUUUAUACAACUUUUGGCCCGUCCUGGAUCUUCACCGUGUACUCCUUCUACUGGCUACUUUGUUCUUUCUACCACAUGAACUCUUCUUUUCAUACCGUAUGUAUAAUUAACGAUCACAUUCUUAGCACUUCUUACCGGAAUUUAGGCGGGGGUAGUACGAAAUGAAACUUCAUUGAUUCUCGUGGGAAAAAGGAGCCAUGCCAUUGUUUUUUCUUCUUUUUUUUUUCGCUUGGAAGAUUUUGUGCAGCCCGUACAUCUGUUGGCUUUUUAUAAAGCCUACAAAACAUCACGAAGGCCUCUUGUCUGUGUGUAUGACAUUGUGGGAGUGGUAAAGUAAUAUUUGUGAGUCUUUUAUGUUAAGUAUUUUUUUAUUAUUAUCUGGUCUUGAUCCAGUUAAUCCAGUCUGAAAUGUAAAGCCAUUAAUUGAGUCACUUAAAACUGUUUUACAACUGAGGUCCACCUACUUUUUUAUAGCCUUGUUUGCAAAUAUUUGCAUUUACAGUUUUGUCUAAAAUAAUAACUGCUGUGGAGUUAAACACCUUGCACUCUCGUCUCCCCUGUAGUGUCCGCUUUCAGUAACUUGCGUAAUAAAUGGAUUAACUGUACAGACAGAAAACUGCCCUUAAAAGCUAU